GCCACAGGUGGGGUUUGGAGUGCCUCUUCCUGAAAGCCAAGAGGCACGCUAAACUCCUUUACGGUGCUUUUUCUACACAUCAUUGGUGACUACGGACCUUAAGGGCCUCUCAUUCUCCAUGCUUCUGCUGUGUCUUGGAGCAAUGUCUCUGGGCUCCUCCUUACAGGGUUUCCCCAUGGCUAGGAAGAAGGUACUGGGGUGAGUGUUUCUACAUCAGGGUCGCCACAAAUCCUGCUAGGGACAGUUGAAGGAGCCUAGAAGGAUUGCAAGGGUAUUACUCUGCCGCCCUAUCUUCUGCAGACAACGGCUACUGGAGAACUCCUCCAACUUCCAUAAGCAACAGAUGACUUGGGAGUGUCUGGGUUGCCUGGGGUUCAGGCCUCCGGUUUUAAACAGCUUUCAAGUAAUCUGGUAAACUUGGGUGCCCCCCUGUGGUUCUGAGUGGAACGUGUCUGUUUUACCUUCAGGGAAGGCGAGCAGGGUAGCAGGAGACAUCCUCUGUCACCUUGCUACUCAGUGUGGUUUGGCCCAGCCGCCACCAGCAGGAUCUCAGGGCUCAUUCCAGACCUGCUUUAUUGGAAUCUACUCUGAACAAGAUCUACAUGUUACAGUUUGGAAGGCACUGCUCUGGCAGCCCCCAGGAUGGCCCUAAAGCUCUCCUCUUCUCACUCACUGAGCCGAAGACCAUGCAGCUCCCAGGCAGAGUUGACUCUCCCUAAGGACUAAAGAGGAAGAUUAGGCCACAUCCCAUCUCCAUACCCCUAACCACUUCCCAAGGUGUGCUUUUCCCAAAGCAGUAUCCUUGGUUCUCCCUGGAGCUUUGGAUCAACCUCUUCAAACCCAGGCAUCAGGGCUGAGGGCAGUCAGCUUGAAGUGACUCAGCCCUGUCCUCACAGAGCUCGUGACAUUCAUUUUUUCAAGCUGAUUUGGUCCAGUCCAUGGCAUGUACAGCAGAAGGCCUGAGCUGUGCACAGUGCUGCUUGCUCCUUGCCAGGGUAACUGAACCCCUGUUGUAGAGGAAACGGGCCUGUUUAUAUAAGCACCUGUUAUGGGAUUAACCCUAAGAGUGUUGGUCUGAGUCUCAAGUUUUUUCCAACACUUCUGCACUGUGCCUCCAUACAGAUUGCUUCUCUAAACCAUCUGGCUUUAAGUUAAACUUCUCUGAGCAGCUUGGAUUUCUCCACAGCAAUGGAUCUUUUUGCAUGGAUCUGGAUUCCAUUUAGGGGCCCUGCAAAAUGUCGAAUUACAGAUCAGGAGCCCUGGUCUCUACUUCUUCCUCUGUCCACAACUACCUCUGUGACCUCAGGCAAGUUGCAAAUAAAUGUGUUCACACCAGCCCUGCCUUUGUCAAGGGACAGUGUGGCUGAUGAAAAGUGGGUACCUAGAAGCUUUGUGAGCUGCAAAGCACUUUCGGUAACUAUGAAGCAUUUUCAAAAUGUAUAUGAAAGUGAUUGCUAUUGAAACUUAAGAUAAUUUGCAGAUGAAACCUAAAUAUCUUUCUAAUGCUCAGGAACGCCUGAAAGAAGGCAAAAAUCCAACAGUUGAAAUGUACUUGGGGAGUCAGUCCCUUCUCCUGAUCUCCAUCCAGAGGGGAUGAUCAUGUUUCUAGAAUCUUUACAGGGUUGGUGUGAGUGUGUGUUGUUGGCAGGCAGGGAGUGGUCCCAUGUAGUUCAACGGUUGCCUCUCUCUUUCUCUGUGUGUGUGUGUGUGUGUGUGUGUGCAUAUGUGAAAGUGGUAUCUGGUUAGGCCCACAUGAGCUGUCUUAUAUUUCUCUCCGUGCAAUGCCAUGUGUAUGGUUCUAGCUGUUAAGAGUUGAGAGGGCUGGGUUCUGGUUUGGUGGCCUCAAAUAAAUUCCUCAGACUUUCCAAGCCUCAGGUAACUUAGUGGUUUGUCCCUUCCAACUUGUGUACAGCUUAAGGUGGGGCCCUUCUGCUACUGAUUUCACUGUCUUGUUUGGUUUCUGGGUCUCUUUUCCAGCCGGUCAGCCACUCUUUGCUGGUGCCUCCCUGUGCCAACUUCUGUACCUGAACUGUUGCUCACUAAAGAGCUGGCAUUUGGCUUUUUGGCAAUUGUCUCUAACUCACUGAAAAUGCAGGAAGCUUGAGUAUAAAACUCACUCAGAAAAAAAAAAAGAACACACACUCAGAAGAAACCACAGGGCCUAUCGGCCUGUCGUCAUCGAGCAGACUAGAAUAGUGUAGAAAACCCUAGGCAGAGAGGAAAUGAACUUCAGAGAAGGGGAACACACGGCUGAGAAGAGAGAGGCAAGGGCAGGAGAGAAGGAGAUUGCUGAAGCCUGGGGCCCGGAGAUGGUCAGAGGAUGGGAGACGGGGCAGUGAAACAAGGCUUCCUGUAUCUUCAGCAGCAACAGACGUUUGGAAAGAAAUGGCGCCGCUUCGGGGCCUCACUGUAUGGAGAAUCGGACUGCGCCUUGGCCCGGCUGGAGCUGCAGGAGGGCCCGGAGAAGCCACGUCGGGGUGAGGCUGCCCGGAAGGUCAUCCGCCUCAGUGACUGCCUGCGGGUGGCCGAGGCCGGCGGAGAGGCCAGCAGCCCCCGGGACACCAGUGCCUUCUUACUGGAGACCAAGGAGCGCCUGUACCUGCUGGCGGCCCCUGCUGCAGAGCGCGGCGACUGGGUGCAGGCCAUCUGCCUCCUGGCCUUCCCCGGGCAGAGGAAGGAGCUCUCGGGGCCAGAGGGAAAACAGAGCCGGCCCUGCAUGGAGGAAAAUGAAUUGUACAGCAGCGCGGCCACAGUUGCCCCCCACAAGGAAUUUGCUGUGACCAUGAGACCUACAGAAGCCAGCGAGAGGUGCCACCUGCGGGGGUCCUAUACCCUCCGGGCUGGGGAGAGUGCCCUGGAGCUGUGGGGUGGGCCCGAGCCAGGGACCCAGCUGUACAACUGGCCCUACAGGUUUCUGCGACGCUUUGGGCGGGACAAGGCAACCUUUUCCUUUGAGGCAGGCCGGCGCUGCAUUUCUGGAGAGGGCAACUUUGAGUUCGAAACCCGGCAAGGCAAUGAGAUCUUCUUGGCCCUGGAAGAGGCCAUCUCUGCCCAGAAGAAUGCUGCACCCCCUGCACUGCAACCCCAGCCAGCCACAAUCCCCGCCUCGCUGCCCCGGCCUGAGAGCCCCUACUCCCGGCCCCAUGACUCACUGCCACCGCCUUCACCCACCACACCGGUGCCUGCUCCACGGCCUCGGGGCCCGGAGGGAGAGUAUGCCGUGCCCUUCGAUGCGGUGGCCCGUUCCUUGGGGAAGAACUUCAGGGGCAUCUUGGCAGUCCCUCUUCAGCUCCCGGCCGACCCUCUGUACGACAGCAUUGAGGAGCCCCCUCCUCCUCGACAUGACCACAUAUACGACGAGCCCGAAGGAGUGGCUGCCCUGUCCCUGUAUGACAGCCUGCAGGAGCCCCGGGGUGAGGCAUGGAGGAGGCAGGCAACAGCUGACAGGGACCCUGCUGGCCUCCAGCAUAUCCACCCAGCUGGGCAGGAUUUCUCUGCCUCUGGCUGGCAGCCAGGAACUGAGUAUGACAAUGUUGUACUUAAGAAAGGCCCGAAGUAACAGAGGCAGCAGAGGGAUGGGCCACCGCCCCCCUGGCUUCUGCUGGUGACUCCUCCUGACCACUGCAUCAGAAGAACCUCCUCUGCCCCUUCUGGAGCCCGAGGCCUGGCCUGCCUUCGUUGGGGCUGAUAAAUUGCCUCUCCCAGGGCCUGCUGGGUGAGUCACCAUCCCAAAGCAGGAAGGGUGCCCUGGAGAGAACCACCCUCCUCCUACUCUUUUUCCACUUCCUCCUCUUUCUUUCCCCAGCUGAGGGGGAACCUGGGGCAUUUAGGGCAGAGGGCAAAGGAUGUCAGCAAUUGCCUGGGCUGCUUGGCUAUGCAAGCCUCCUGCCUGCUCAUGGCCACUUCAGGGACAGCCCGGGCCCAGGCACCCAGGUGGAUGGUGGCAGCGUCCUGUACCUUUCAGAUUUCUCGGUGGCAUUAAAGCAUUUUUGGAACGUUU